UUGGCUCCCACGGCGGCGCUUCCUGGUGGCGAGGGAGCCAUGGCUCUGCCUUGGCUGCAACGCGUCGAGCUCGUUGUCUUCGCUACCGCCUUCUUAUGCGGAGCCGUGGCGGCCGCGGCGCUGACCCGGACCCAGGGCUCCUUCAGUGGCAGCUGUCCCCUGUAUGGUGUGGCUGCCCUGAAUGGCUCCUCCCUGGCCUUGUCCCGACCCUCGGCCCCAUCUCUCUGCUACUUUGUGGCUGGGGCCUCUGGCCUGUUGGCCCUCUACUGUCUCCUGCUUCUGCUCUUCUGGGUCUACAGCAGCUGCAUCGAGGAUUGCCACAGAGGCCCGAUAGGGCUCCGCAUUGCACUGGCCAUCUCAGCUAUAGCCAUCUUCCUGGUCUUAGUGUCUGCCUGUAUCCUUCGAUUUGGCACCAGUUCCCUCUGCAAAUCCAUCAUCUCCCUGAACAUAACUAGCUGCUCUGAUGCCCAGAAAACUCCAUGGAUACCCCCUGGAACCACUCUGCAGUUUUACUCCAACCUACACAAUGCUGAAACCUCUUCUUGGGUGAAUCUGGUUUUGUGGUGCGUGGUCUUGGUGCUCCAGGUCGUGCAGUGGAAGUCUGAAGCCACCCCAUACCGGCCUCUGGAGAGGGGGGACCCUGUGUGGAGCUCUGAGACAGAUGCUCUUGUUGGGUCACGCCUUUCCCAUUCCUGAAGACUAACCAAAGAGUACUCCUGCCGCCAGACUCCGUGCCCAAGUGCCUGCAGUCCUCUUGCCCCCACAUGGCCCACACGGCUGGGAGCCUGAGUUUUCCCUCCAGGAGGGAAACAUGAUUAACAGACCCCCUCUUCCUACAGCUGUUUUUGUACCGAAGUAUUAUAUUACUUUCUUUCUUCA